AUGGAUUAUGAGACACCAACUCGUUCAUCUGAGCUCAGAAUUGUGCUGCUGGGGAAGAAUGGGGUUAACAAAAGUGCUGUAGGGAACAAGAUUCUGAACCGACAGGCAUUUAAAGAGAUCUGCACAAGAGUAAGUGAAGUACAGAGAGGAAGAGUAGAAGAUCAAAACAUUUCUGUUAUUGACACUCCAGGAUUCUUCAACACUGAACUGAAUGAUGAAGAUCUACAAAAUGAAAUGAUGAAGAGUCUCUCUUUUGCUCAUCCUGGCCCUCAUGUGUUCCUGCUGAUAGUCAGACCAGAAACAUUCAUUGAACAUGAUGUGGGAAAUAUUGUACAAAAGAUUCAGGGGACUUUUGGAGCACAAGUGUUUAAGUUCACCAUUGUGCUGAUUAUUAGAGAACAAAUAUCAAAUAGAGAAUGGAUGGCUUUUACAUUCAGUAAGAUAUAUCAGGAUCUCAUAAGCCAUUUUAGAGGUAAAUAUCAUGUGAUGAACAACGAAACAACACAGAUUACAACACUACUGGAGAAAAUUGAGAAUGUAGUCAAACAAAAUGAUAAUCAGCAUUACAACCAGAAAUACAUAAAGUUCCCAGUGAUCCAAAAAGGGGAAGAGAAGAGAGUUAAGAUGGCAAAAACCGUACCAGAUCUGUUUAUUGCACUGUUGGGUAUAACUGGAGCAGGAAAGAGCGCAUCCGGAAACACCAUCAUAGGUGGAGACAUCAACACAUUUAUAGAAGGUUUUUUACCUGGAAAUAAUACUGCAAUCUGCCAUUCAGCAAAUACAGAAGUGGAUGGAAAAAGCAUCAACGUGAUUGAUACUGCUAGUUUCACUUCUCCAUCAAUAAACCAAAUAGAACAGAUGUUUGAAUGCGCACAUGAUGGUUUUGAUGUGUUUCUGUUGGCAAUUAAAUUGGGUGACAAAUACACAGAGCAGGAGCAGAAAACUACAAAGUUGGUGUGGAUUCAAGAGAUUAUUGGAGCAAAGGCUUUACAACACACAAUAGUGCUCUUCAUUCAUGGUGAUCUAUUAGAGGAACCAGUGGAGGAAUACUUGAGUAAAUCUGAAACACUGAGGUCAGUAGUUGAUCAGUGUUCAGGCCGAUAUCAUGUGUUUAAUAACAAAAGUGAAGAUCAAUCUCAGGUAACUGAACUUCUUAGAAAGGCUGAGUCACUAAGGGAGAUGAACAGUUACCUCAGAUAUACUAAAUGUGGCGGGGCAGUGGGGAGAAACUGA